UCCGGUGGUGACAACCUCCUCACGACACCAUGCCUCUUGUAAAGGACCUCCUUCACCAGUCCACAAAAGAGGAGAAGAGGAAGCACAAGAAGAAGCACCUGGUGCAGAGCCACAACUCCUACUUCAUGGAUGUGAAGUGCCCAGGAUGUUACAAAAUCACCACCAUCUUUAGCCACGCACGAACAGUAGUUUUGUGUCUUGGCUGCUCCACUGUCCUUUGCCAGCCUACAGGAGGGAAAGCAAGGCUUACAGAAAGAUGCUCCUUCAGGUGGAAGUAGCACUAGAAGCACCC